UGAGAUUUAUCUGAAUUAAUUAAAAUUAAGUUGAAAUAUUUCACGGAUAUUUACAUGCAAUAUAGACCUUAGCUAAAAACUGCACUAGAGAAGUAAUUAUGACAACCGAUCGAGGGCAAUGAUUAAUGAACUAUUAGGAUUAGGAAAUGAACUCGAUGUAAAUGAACUUAAGGACAAAUGAAUACACAGUAGCUAACUGAUCAUCGCGCGCGUUACACGUAUUAAAAGGAAUCCGGAAAGAUUUUGCGAAAGAAACAAUCUCGCACGACUGGUUUCGUGAGGUUUCUCACAUUUUUGGUCCUUCGAACCGGAUAGAUACGGAUUAGUGUGUGAAUUGUUUCUUUCUUCGCUCUGCAUCAAGAGCAUCAGUAUAUUCGGUACGCUCCGCAUCACGAGCAAGGUGCAAAUCAUCUUACGCGCCAUUCCGAAUUCGCGCGUGAAAGUUCAUUCGCCCUACGGAAAGGGCAACGGUCGAAAUUGCGCCAUCGUUCAAAUUUGUGUCAUCGUGUUUUUCGGUCCUUUUCGGUCGUAGUUAUUUUUCAUGAAUCAUCAGUCAGUGAAAGUGACUAAAAUGGACAAAAAGAUCAAAACUGCCCAGCAUCAAAAACUAAUCGCGUUGGAGAACAUUAAAUCGCUGGAGCGGUUUACACAGGCGUUCAGCAGCGACGAUGCAAGCCAAAUUCCGGAGGCUUUGGAGGGGCUGGAGCAGUACAAGCAGGAGUUUUUCACCGCAGUGGCGAAACUGGAGGAAUGCGACGACAGCAGUGAGGCGAUACAAUCCUGUAUCAACGACAGGAUCGAUAUGGAAGAACGGUGCCGGCGGCUGAAAUCAUUUCUCAGAGAGAACCAACGGAAGGACGCCAACCCGCUAAACGAAUCCACUCUUUUGGCAAAUUCAACGCUUGCGUUUGGACGGCCAAACGCACCCAAUCUUCGGUUGCCAAAAAUCGAACUGCCGACGUUCGAUGGGGAUUCAACAAAGUGGUUGUCAUUCCGCGAUCGUUUUGUCGCUAUGAUCGACGCUUCACCCGACUUACCACACAUUGCAAAAUUACAAUAUUUGCUUUCUUCGUUGAAGGGCGACGCAGCGGUGCCCUUUGAACAUGUGGCUUUGACUACCGAGAACUACGCUGUGACGUGGGCGUCACUUCUUAAGCGUUACGACAAUACACGGAUGCUGAUUCGCGAUUAUUGGCGGAAGCUUCAUUUCCUUCCGGGAAUAGAAGCAGAAAGUGUCGACGGUUUGACAUCGUUGGUGGAUGAAUUCACGCGGCAUGUGAAUGGAUUGGUGAAACUACAAGAACCAGUCGAUUCGUGGGACACACCUCUGUCCAACAUGCUUCUAAUGAAGAUGGACAACGAAACCAUCUUAGCGUGGGAAAAACACUCCGUGCAGUUUAAAAGGGAUAAGUACAAUGAGCUGAUUGAAUUCCUGCAGGAUCGUGUUCAAAUAUUGAAAUCGAGUAAGAGCUUUGCAUGCGCAAAGAUUGCACCGACCAAGGUGGCCGGCGCACAUCGUCUUCCUGCAUCACGGAAGUCGAUCACGAGCGCAGCUGCAAUGCAGAAGAACGCAUCCAUGUCUACUUCACCACAACUACAGAGAUGUCCGUUGCAGUGUCCGGAACCUCAUCUACUACGCAAUUGUCCGGAAUUCAUCAACAAGGAGAUACAACAACGACGUGACAUCGUCAAAACAAAGGGUCUAUGUUGGAACUGUCUCAGCAGCUCACACCAAGUGAAAUCUUGUAGAUCAGACUACUCGUGCCGAUCAUGCCGUGAACGUCAUCAUAGCCUACUUCAUCACGCUUCGCAUUCAUCCGUAACUGUUCAACCGAAAGUUACUCUGGCGGCUCAAUCCGACGAUGAAAUGGUGUUUCUCGAGACGGCAAUGGUUUACAUCGUAGACGAUUAUGGAAUUAAGCACGAGGCUAGAGCGCUUCUUGAUUCGGGAUCGAUGUUAAACUUUAUAUCGGAAUCAUUGGCUCAGAAACUCCUCACCCCUCGUACGAAGGUGAAUGUGUGCGUUACUGGCAUCGGGUCAGCAAGGCAGCAGGUGAAAGGUUCAAUCACCGCUAGUGUUAGAUCUAAGGACCUACACUUCACCACACCGAUGGAGUUUUUCAUCCUUGACACACCAAUCGCAGCCAUUCCUACCAAACCGGUAGACGUUUCUUCAUGGAAUAUGCCGAACGUGACCCUCGCUGAUCCCACUUAUCACGUUCCUGGUAAGGUGGAUCUCAUCAUCGGCAGUGAUCCAUUCUGGGAGGUUCAUACUGGACGUAAGCGAUCAUUGGGCGCAGGCAAGCCGUGGCUAGUGGAGACCCGAUUUGGAUGGGCUGUUUCCGGAAAUACAGUGCAGUCAUCACCAGCUCCACGUGUAUGUCAUGUUGCAACGAGCGAAUGUCCUUUGGAGGCAAUCAUGACACGUUUCUGGGAGAGCGAAACCAUCUCCGAUGAACCCGCUCUAUCUGUGGAAGAAGACAUCUGUGAAAAUCAUUUCAUCGCUAAUACAACUCGGGAUGGUUCAGGAAGGUAUGUCGUUAGCUUGCCACACAAGUCUAAUCCCAAUAUCAUUUUAGGAGCCUCAAGGCAGAUAGCAGAUCGUCGUUUGCUAGCGGUAGAACGGCGACUGAAGGCUAAUCCUGAAAUGAGGGAAGCAUAUUCGUCAUUCAUGCGAGAGUAUGAACAUUUGGGACACAUGAUAAGGCUCGAGGAGCCAAUUGAUGAAUCAUGUCCACAUUACUACCUACCGCACCAUGCUGUUGUAAAAGAAUCCAGCACAUCGACAAAGGUUCGUGUAGUAUUCGAUGCUUCGUGUAAGACGACGUCAGGUUAUUCCUUAAACGAUUCCCUGCUGGUUGGACCUGUCGUUCAGCAAGAUCUGUACACUAUUAUGCUUCGAUUUCGGUCACAUGCUAUUGCGCUCACAGCUGACGUUGAAAAGAUGUACCGUCAAAUCCGACAUCACCCUGCAGAUAAAAACUUUCUUCGAAUCCGGUACAGAAAGGAUCCGUCAGAACCAAUAGCAACCUACGAGUUACAAACCGUAACGUAUGGUACCGCAUCUGCGCCAUUCUUAGCCACACGGACAUUGAAGCAAACUGCAUACGAUCAUCAGGAACAGUAUCCUCGAGCAGUCGUUCCGGUGCUUCGAGAUUUCUACGUUGAUGAUCUGUUGACGGGGACAGAUGAAAUAUCAGACGCGAUCGAGAUGCAGAAACAAAUCUCAUCCAUGUUGCAGUCAGCUGGAUUCGCGCUGAAAAAGUGGGCAUCGAACAAUCCUAAGGCGCUUCACGGGAUCCCUCAGGAGGAUUUGGCAUUGCAAACAUGCCAUGAAUGGAACAAAUCGCAAUUUGUGUCCACUUUGGGAUUGAUCUGGGAGCCAGCAGCAGACGUUAUUCGGUUUCGCAUCGAACUACCGCCUUCUGCAUCAGUGUUAACAAAGCGCUUGGUUUUAUCGUAUAUCGCUAAAAUAUUCGACAUCCUCGGAGUACUCGGCCCAACGAUAGUUAUUGCCAAACUAUUUAUGCAGCAGUUGUGGUCGCUUAAGGAAAAUGGUGUUGCACUGGGUUGGGACAGUGAGCUACCAUUGCAUCUUCAACAAGAGUGGAACAGGUUUCACUCAUCGCUACAUUCUCUUCGUGAGUUGCACAUUCCACGGUUCAUAUCGCUUCCGAAUGCAACUACCACUCAAUUGCAUGUCUUCGCGGAUGCUUCUCAAGCAGCAUACGGAGCAUGUUGCUAUUUCCGAGCAGAAAAUCAUCACGGGAUUUCUGUGAACCUGUUGAUCGCAAAGUCAAAGGUUGUUUCGCUAACUAACACUCACUCGAUCGCCAGACUCGAGCUCUGCGCUGCACGAUUGGCCAUACAAUUGGUUAAGAGAAUCAGUACGUCACUCAACACUCCCAUCAUCAUCUUCUGUUGGACUGAUUCGAUGACGGUGUUAUAUUGGCUGAAGUCACCGCCACGUCGCUGGAAGCCAUUUGUCGCCAACAGAGUGGCACAGAUCCAACAGGAAACUCGGAUCAAAUGCUGGAGACACGUUCCUGGGGUGGACAAUCCAGCAGAUGAUAUAUCUCGUGGGCUGCUUCCAGACAAGCUACUAUCUUCUCAUCGCUGGUGGCAUGGGCCACAUUGGUUAAGUAGCAAGGAGGCAGAUUGGCCACAUAACCCUACCACAGAAGAAAUCGUUUGCAAUGACGAGGAGAGAGCUACACAAUUGGUUGCUGCAACAUCUACAACGAACGAUUUUGGCAGCAAAUAUUUCGCACGGUUUUCUGGCUACCUGAAACUUCUUCGAACGACGGCCUACGCCUUGCGCUAUCUUCGAUGCUUAAAGGAUAGCGUAUCUUCGGUAACAGCAGUUAGCAGAAAAAAUACAACAGUUGCAGAACUUAUCGCAUUGAUCUCAGCACUAUCCAAGGAUGAACUACAUCGCGCUGAGAUUUGCUUGUGUAAACUUGCGCAACAAGAUUCGUUUCCGGAGGAGCUUCAUGCGAUAAGGAGUGGUAACGAGAUACCACGACACUCACGGCUAAAAUGGUUGUCACCUUUCGUUGAUCAUGAUGGAAUCUUGCGUGUUGGUGGCCGGCUUCGAAACGCGCAGAUUACAGACGCCACGAAACAUCCGAUUGUGCUAUCGUCGAAACACCCGCUCGCAUCAUUACUGGUUUGCUGGUAUCAUCGCAAACUGUUGCAUGCUGGACCGCAACUUUUGCUAGCUUCACUUCGCCAGCGAUUUUGGAUAAUCGGAGGCCGCAGUUUAGUGAAGUCAAUUUUUCAUCGAUGCCACAGAUGUUUUAAGAGUAAACCUUCGUUGGUGAGACAAGCUGCCGCCGAUUUGCCUACAUCUAGAGUGUCACCGACAAGGCCGUUUGCAGUGUGCGGGGUUGAUUAUUGCGGACCCGUAAUGAUCAAGUCAGCUAUCCGCAAUCGAAGCGCAACCAAAGCAUACAUCGCGAUCUUCGUAUGCUUUUCGACGAGAGCGGUGCACAUAGAAUUGGUCAACGAUCUAACCACUUUUGCAUUUUUAGCCGCACUCCGAAGAUUCAUCGCUCGCAGAGGUCUGGUUACGGAAAUUCACUCCGACAACGCGACUACAUUUAAGGGGGCUGCACACGAGCUGCAUCGUCUGUACCAGAUGCUGAAGUGCAGGAACACGGAACGGGCGGAAAUUUUCAAUUGGUGCGCGAUCAACGAAAUCCGGUGGAAGUUCAUUCCGCCACGGGCGCCUCAUUUCGGUGGACUGUGGGAGGCUGCGGUACGGUCCGCAAAACAUCACAUUAUACGGACGAUUGGAACGGCGAGCCUCACCCAAGAAGGCUGGUUGACAUUGUUGGCCCAGGUUGAGCAAUGUCUUAAUUCUCGACCAUUAGUUCCGUUAACCAGCGAGCCCACUGAUAUGGAGCCGUUGACACCGGGUCAUUUCUUAGUAGGGUCAAACAUGUUAGCACCACCACAGGUUGAUUUGUGGUAG